AUGUCUGCCACUCUCGCCGACUACAAGCUUUUCACGCCGCUCGAGCUCUCUUCCGGACUCACCCUGGCAAACCGUCUCGUUGUCGGGCCCUGCACACGCGCUCGUUCCGACAUUGAAACGCGCGUGCCAACAAACGAGAACGCCAAGUACUAUGCGCAGCGGGCGUCCGCGGGCCUCAUCAUCUCCGAAGGAUGUGCCGUGUCGGAACAGGGCUACGGCUGGUACGGAGCCCCAGCGCUCUACACGGACGCGCAGCAAGAAGGCUGGCGCCGCGUCGUCGACGCCGUGCACGCCCAGGGCGGCAAGAUGUUCCUGCAGCUCUGGCACAUGGGCCGGCAGUCGCACCCGUCGUUUCAGCCGAGCAACGAAGUCGCGUCGUGCUCGCAGUCGUGUCAUGCCGAAGGCCGCACGCACGACGCACGAGGGGACCCCGCGAGCUUCGCCACGACCCGAGCGAUGACGCUCGACGAGGUGCAACAGGUCGUCGAGGACUUUCGCAGGUGCGCCGAGCGUGCCAAGAGCGCGGGAUUCGACGGGGUCGAGUUCCACGGCGCCGGGGGGUACCUCAUUGACGAGUUCCUGCAGUCGAGCACGAACCGACGCACGGACCAGUACGGCGGAUCGGUCGAGAACCGCUUCCGGUUCCUGCGCGAACUCGUUGCUGCGGUCUCGACAGUGUACCCCGCGGACCGCAUCGGGGUCCGACUCGCUCCGAACGGCGCGUUCGGCGGCAUGGGCAGCGAGGACAACUACGAGACGUUCUCGUACGCGAUCGCCGAGCUCGGCCACCUGGGGAUCGGCUAUCUGGCCACCCACGACGGCUUUGGCUUCGGCCGCUCGGACAAGAGCCGCGUGUUCACUUUAUUUGAGCUGAAGACGCUGUUUAAGGGCCGCGUCAUGGCCACGUGUAGCUACAGCCGCGAUCAGGCAGAAGGUGUGCUGCACGCGGGCGUGGCCGAUCUCGUGGGCUUCAGUCGCGCGUUCCUCGUGAAUCCGGACCUGCCGGCGCGUUUCCGUCACGACUGGCCGCUGGCGGAGCCGUUGGCUUACGAGUUCUACUGGGACGCGAAGAAGGGCCUCGAGGGCUACAACUCGUUCCCGCCGUAUGAACCGGUGCCGAACACGGAGUCAAAGGAAGAGGAUAAGCUGUAG